UCGUCCACGUCACACACCUGCGUUCCCAACUUGAAAUACCGGUUAAACUACAGAGUUUCACAUUCCUGACAUUCUUAAAUAUAAGGGCAGGUGACAUAAGGUUUCAUUGAAACCAGAUUCCUCUAGACAACCAGAUGUCCACUGCCUCUGUAUUAUCCCAGGAAUUGUGUGUACUAGCCUAUUGCAAAGAUGUCACGAAGCAGCAGCAGAAUGGACAAGGAUAGAUACAGCACUCUUGAAAAACCACGGAGGUCAACACCCCGUGGUGUUCGACCGAGUUCAAGGCUUAGUGAUCGUGUAGACCCCGGGACUGUCUUGUGCGAUUUUUGCAUGGGAAAGAAGUCCAAGGCCGUAAAAUCUUGUCUGACAUGCUUGGCAUCGUACUGCGAGACUCACCUAUACUCGCACUACGAGUACCCGGCUUUCAUGAAGCACAAGCUGGUGACCGCCACCGGACAGCUGCGGGAGGAAAUCUGCGCCGACCAUGAUAAGCUUCGGGAAGUCUUCUGUCGUACAGACCAGUCGUGCAUCUGUGUAUCAUGUCUAAUGGAUGACCACAAAAAACAUGACAUUGUUUCCGCUGCGGCAGAGAGGACUGAAAAAGAGAAACAACUAGCGGCCAAGUUGAUGAUGUCACAGGAGAAAAUCGAAGACAGAGUGAAGAGAUGGCAGGAGCUUAGACAGGCCGUGGAAUCUCACAAGAACUCGGCACAGCUUGUCCUGGAGGAGAAUGAGCGAGUGUUCACCGAGCUGAUUCAGGCCCUGCAGCGGCGCCAUGCUGAGGCGAAGCAGCUGAUCCGCGCACAGGAGAGGUCCGUGGUGGGCCGCGCUGAGUCUCACCUUGACCGUAUGGAGGAGGAGAUCAUGCUGCUGCGCAAGAGACACAACGACCUGGAGAUGCUGUCACAUACAGAUGACCACAUCCACUUCCUGUUGAGCUGGCAGUCCCUCUCAGCUCCGUCGGGUUAUGAGGAUUUGACCAAAGUGGCCCUGGCUCCGUCCUUCUCCUUUGAGCCCACCAAGAGAGCUAUUGGUGAACUGAAAGCUCAGCUAGAGGAAGUGGGCAAAGUGGAGAUGGCAAAAAUCAGUUCAACGGUAAAUGAUGUACACAUCCUCCAAACUCUGGAACCAAGGACACGGGAGGAGUUCUUGCAGUACUCCUGUCAGCCGACCCUGGACGCCAGCACCGCUCAUAAGAGCCUCCGUCUGUCGCGUGGCAACACAUCAGUGAAAAUGACCACCGAACUCAACCCUUACGCCGACCACCCUGACCGCUUCGACCACUGGCAGCAGGUGCUGUGCACCCAGGGCCUUAUGGGAAAACGCUGCUACUGGGAGGUGAACUGGAGUGGCACCGAGGUGGACCUCGCCGUGACCUACCGCGGGCUCGGCCGUAAGGGCAACGGGAACGAGUGCAGCUUCGGCUGGAACGACCACUCCUGGAGCCUCUACUGCUCGGACGCCAAGUUCAGCUUCACGCACAACGGCAAGACCACCAAUAUCCCAGUUCCUGGCUCGAUGACGGUGGGGGUUUACCUGGACCACAGGGCGGGUACGCUGGCAUUUUACAGUGUGGCAGACCCCAUGGUGCUUCUACACAAGGUGCAGACUACCUUCACCGAGCCACUCUAUCCUGGCAUUGGAGUGUGGGGUUAUGGCACCACCGUGAAACUGUGAGUGGCCACAGCUGUGUGUCACUGCAGACACAAGGACUUAAAGGACUUGGGACUUAUAAGGUGAAGGACGACGAUGAGUGGGAAUCACAUCACUAUCAUAAUUUUAUAUCCAAUAUAAUGUAGGAUAGCUCAUGUUGGAUGUGUAUAAAACGGCAUCCAUCAAAUGAUUUAAUGUUUUUGGAUGCUAUAUUAUCAUUUAAAACACAAAAUGAAUGUAUACACAAUUUAUAGCAGGCCAACAAGUGUUAAUGGCAAACAUUUCAACCAAAAUAUUGAAAAUUACAUAGUACAUUGCCAUGAUAAUGUCAUAAUACACUGGUUACCCUUUUCACUAUAUGCAAAGCAUUAAGAUAUGAGGAUUUUGAGAUAAUGUCACAAAUUAUAGAUUGUAGUAACUGUUGAUGCUGCCUUUUUGGGAGUCAAAUAAAACAGGCUUCUUGUGCUUUGA